AUGGAAGAGGAGGAGGCAAAUAAGAAAAAUACUACGCGUUCUGGUGGAUUUCUAUGGCCGUAUAAGGGGAUUUUAAAUAAGGUUUUGUUCCAGAUGGCUAAUAAAAUUCAAUUGGACCUGGGAUUUGGCCUUGGUUGCUGCUUCCGUUCAGGAAAGGUUAUAAAUUCAGAUUGGACCUGGACCGGAAGCUUGAAUACGGUAUAUGAACCCAAUUAUUAUUCUAGAACGUUGAAUCAUCAAAUUUUGGUUCCUGAAGAAAAUCAACAAUACCAGCCAACUGUAAGAACGAGAGGAAAAUUUCUCCAAUCAACGAAAAUUUUAAUCGUUCAUAAUUUAGCUCGGGGAUAAACCGGAUCUGGCAAUUCUUUUUCUGCGGCAACUAGCUGGUUUACGGGAGGCAAUUAUAGAGCGGGAAGAGUUCUUUUGGCUGAUGAGGCUUUUCUGUCCGUCCGUAUUAGGGUCCGUUCGGGUAAACCAGGGUUUUUGUUAUAAAUAUAUAUGGCUAAAACCACCUGAGAUCUCGAAAUCACGCGUUACUUUGUAAAGGGCCUGAGCUCAACCCUGUUCGCGCACGUUUGAAAAAAAAGCAAACGGAAUGGAUUCGAUACGAUGAAUGAUAGCACCCCAGGCGUGGUGGUGCUGGAAAACAGCUUCUCCCUCGUUGGAUGGAGUCGGUGUUGAAGUGGCUUUGCAGGUUUGUGUUUUGCUUUGGUUUAAUUUAAAAAUUUAGUUUUAAGUUUAGUUUUAAGUUUAGUUUUAAGUUUAACUUUAAGUUUAGCUUUAAGUUUAAUUAAUUCUUUUUUUAAAUAAAAUUGAU